AUGCCGGACACCCGGGCCCAAUCCCUUGCCGACUCCGACAUCACCGUCCAACAUCCUUCCUCCUUCCUGGGGCGCCUCAGGUUCUGGCCCCGAAGACGUCAUGGCCAAGACUCUAAGAACAUCCGGGUGGUACUCAACAAUGCCCUGCUCCCGGACAACCUGCCUUCGAAGCACCACCCGCACCGGGGGUACUCGAGCAACAGGAUCCGCACCACCAAGUACACCCUCCUCUCCUUCAUACCCAAGAACCUGUUCGAACAGUUCCACAGGAUUGCCAACUUGUACUUCAUCGGGAUUGUGCUGCUCAAUUGGGUGCCGAAGAUCAACGCGUUUGGCAAGGAGAUUGCCAUUAUUCCUGUGGUGUUUGUGCUGGGCGUAACGGCCGUCAAGGAUUGGUUCGAGGAUUACCGCCGGUACAAGUCGGACAAGAGGAUCAAUAACCUCACCUGCCGUGUCUAUUGCCGGCAGGCCGGUCGCUAUGUGAAGACGUUGUGGUGCGACGUGCGUGUGGGCGAUGUGGUGCAUCUGUCUUGCAACGAGGUGGUGCCGGCCGACAUGCUCCUUCUGCGGUGCAGCGGGGACGGAGAGGGCACUUGCUACUUGGAGACGGCCAGCCUGGACGGAGAGAGCAGCCUCAAGCAGAGGCAAGUGCCCAGAGACCUCUACCAGUCCAACAAUCAGGAUCUUGCAUUUCAUCCUUCGUCUUUCCAGGGCAGAAUCGAAUGCGAUCCUCCCAACCACAAAAUCUACCGCUUCAACGGAUGCGUGACCCAGCCAACUGGAGAGAAGAUCCCCAUCAGCAAAGAAAAUCUUCUUCUGAAGGACUGCGUGCUAAAGAAUGCUGAUUUCGUGGAGGGCAUCGUGGUUUAUGCUGGUCAUGAAACCAAAGCCAUGCUCAACAACGGCGGCCCUCGCUACAAGCGAAGCAAGUUGGAGAAACUGAUGAACAGAGACGUCGUUUACUGCAUCGUCAUGCUCAUUCUCUUGUGUCUCUUGGGAGCCGUAGGCAACGGCGUGUGGCUUAGUUCGUUCGACGACCGCACCGUGGUGCCCUUUCUUUCGGGCGUCUUCCACAACGAGGAGAACGAGGUGUACAAAGACGCCUUCUACAUCUUCUGGACUUUCGUCAUUGUUCUGCAGGUGAUGAUCCCGCUCUCCCUUUACGUGACGGUCGAAAUCAUCAAGUUGGGCCAGGUGUACUUCAUCCACGAGGACGCUCACCUGUACGAUGCUACUUCCGAUCGGCGACUGGAGUGUCGAGCGCUCAACAUCACGGAAGAGCUGGGGCAGGUGGAGUACAUCUUUUCCGACAAGACGGGAACCCUCACGGAGAACAACAUGAUAUUCCGGAGAUGCUCCGUCGGGGGCGUGGACUACGACCACGAGAGGACGCCACUUGCCGCCGAGGUGCGGAAGGGCUCCGGAGACCAGUUAUAUGAUACGCCUAAAGAGAACAGUGAUUCUAAAAGCAAAGGUGUCCUCGUCCUCAACCCCAGUCUUCAAGAGGAACUGUCCAAGAUGGAGAUCCAGCUCCGGGUCGACUCCAAAUCCAUGGAAAUCACCCAUCUGAAUAGCCAUUCGCAGAGGAUACAAGACUUCUUCCUGCUGCUCGCCGUCUGCAACACGGUGGUCGUUGCCAAACACCCGCACAAGGAUCAGAUGAACUCCAGCGGUCUGUUCCUAAACACUCUCACACCUCUCCACCUUCGAGGGGCGGGAGAUCCGUGGGAUACGCCCCGAACUUUUGGAGCGUCCCGCCUCCUCCUCAGCGAGGCCUCCACUCCUGCCAGCUCCGGGGCCUCCACGCCGACUAAGAGGCCCCGAACCCUCCACCUCCCCACCCACCUGGGCUACUUCAAAUCUCCAAGCCCCUCCCCUCUGGAGCUCCGCCCCAUCUACGAGGCCGAGAGCCCCGACGAGAUAGCCCUGGUCGAGACUGCCUUCGCGUAUGGCUGCCGGCUGCUCAAGAGAUCUCCGGAAUCAGUGGUCCUGUCGCUUCCUGGUGAGGGCCUCAUCGAAUUUCGCCUUCUGCACGUAUUACCGUUUGAUGCCACCCGGAAACGAAUGUCCGUCAUUUUGCAACAUCCCAUCACAGGCCAAAAGAUCCUGUUUUGCAAAGGAGCAGAUUCCACUGUCCUGUCUCAACUAGCACCUCAGUCAUCAAGAGCUAACAAAAACUUGAUAAUGAAAACGCAACAGCACCUAAACGGCUAUUCUAGGAAAGGCCUACGAAUCUUAUGUAUGGCUAAAAAAGUGAUCAGCCAGGCGGAAUACGAUGCUUGGAUUCCCCACCAGAGGGCGGCAGAUAUCUGCAUCGAGGACAGGGACAAGCAGCUCUACCUGGCAGCGUGCAUGAUCGAGCAAAACCUGGAGUUGUUGGGGGCGACGGGCAUUGAAGACCGUCUGCAGGAGGGAGUGCCCAGGGCGAUCGCAGCGCUCAGAGAAGCCGGCAUCGUCGUCUGGGUGCUUACGGGGGACAAACAGGAGACCGCCGUGAACAUCGCUUAUUCAUGCAAACUGUUUUCAACUGAUAUGGAAAUAAUCACCCUCAACGCCAGAUCAAAAGAAGCUGCGGAAGACACGAUGCGGUUCUACCUAGACCAGAUCGGCAAGGACAUCGUGACGGAGAACUGCUCUUGCGCCCCUUCCGGUUCCUUCAGUUCCACCAGUCUCCUGCACCGGUUCCUACCCGGAAGGUGCGGCUCCACUUGCUUCGACGAAGACAAAAGGCAGAGGGCGCUGGUCAUCGACGGGCGGACGUUGGCGUUCGUGCUGGACAAGCCCUACGACCACCUGUUCCUCAACCUGGCCAAGCACUGCACCUCGGUGCUCUGCUGCAGGGCUACCCCCCUGCAGAAGGCAUACAUUGUGAGCUUAGUGAAGGAGUCCUUGAACGUGCUGACUCUAGCUAUUGGUGACGGCGCCAAUGAUGUGAGCAUGAUCCAGACGGCCGACGUGGGCGUGGGCAUCAGUGGCAAGGAGGGCAUGCAGGCCGUCAUGGCCUCCGACUUCACCCUGGCCCGCUUCCGCUACCUCGAGAGGCUGCUACUCGUGCACGGACAUUGGUGCUACGACCGGCUGGCCAGGACGGUGCUCUACUUCUUCUACAAGAACGCCACGUUCAUCUUCCUGAUCUGCUGGUACCAGUGGUACUGCGGCUUCAGCGGCACCGUCAUGAUCGACCAGGUGUACCUGAUGCUGUACAACGUCCUCUUCACUUCGCUGCCGCCCAUCGCCCUCGGCAUCCUGGACAAGGACUGCCCGGACCACAUCCUGCUGGCCAAGCCCUCGCUCUAUGGGCAGGGCAGGAGGUCCCAGGUGCACACCAAAUAUUCUUUCUGGGUUAAUAUGUUGGACGCCAUCUACCAGAGCAUAGUCACAUUCUUCGUUCCAUUCAUGGCGUACUACGACAGCGAUACGGACGUAUGGGAGUUCGGCACCACCAUCUGUACCGCCUGCGUUCUAGGACAGCUCUUCCACCUUGCCAUAGAGACCAGAUCCUGGACGUACCUGCACGUGGUGUCCCUGUUCGUGAGCUUCUUCAUCUACUUCGGCUUCGCUGUGAUGUACAACAUGUGGCCCGUGAUGAGCGUGGGCCGGGACGGGCUCCAGAACCCGUACUGGGUGAUAAUCCACUGCAUGGGGUCGACGAGAUUCUGGGGAUGCACAGUUCUCGUGCCCGUACUGGCCUGUCUGCCCAGGUUGAUCCUGAGGGGGUUUCAGGGGAGCCUCUUCCCCUCCCACGUGACGAGGACGCUCCUGAAACACCGGAAGUCCCAAGCGUCCUCCGAGGCCUCCACGAUCUCCGUCACGUGGUCCAAGGGCUCCAGCAACGAAUCUUCCGUGGACAUCGGGAUCCACGGGGGGGAUCUCAAACCCAACAUCAUUCCCGAGAAGAGGAUGUCCGUCGACAGCAACCUGACCGUCUCCGAGUCCGACUGUGCCAUAAACUACACGGAAUCUUUGAGGCUCUAA